GAAGAGCUGCGCCCCCAGUUUGAAGCUAAAUAUUCCCAAGUGGAAAGAGUAAAUCCCAUCACAGGAAAACCUGAACCUUUUCAGCCUUUCCCUGAUAAGCUCAGUCGACUGAUGGUAUCUGUCUCAGGAAUAUUCUUCAUGAUUUCACUGGUCCUCACUGCAGUGUUUGCAGUUGUGGUGUAUCGUCUGGUAGCCAUGGAACAGUUUGCUUCUUUCAAAUGGUAUUUCAUCAAGAAGUAUUGGCAGUUUGCAACAUCUGGCACUGGAGUCUGUAUCAAUUUUAUGAUCAUCAUGUCACUCAAUGUUGUAUAUGAAAAGGUUGCCUAUCUCCUGACAGACUUAGAGCACCCUAGAACAGAAUCUGAAUGGGAAAACAGCUUUGCCUUGAAAAUGUUCCUCUUCCAGUUUGUCAACUUGAACAGCUCCAUCUUUUACAUUGCCUUUUUUCUUGGCAGAUUUGCAGGCCGCCCAGGAAAGUACAACAAGCUCUUUAACAGAUGGAGACUAGAAGAGUGUCAUCCUAGUGGCUGCUUGAUAGAUCUGUGCUUGCAAAUGGGAGUUAUUAUGGUUUUAAAACAAAUGUGGAACAACUUCAUGGAACUAGGCUAUCCUUUAUUACAGAAUUGGUGGUCACGACGCAAAAUGAAGAGAGGAGGGCAAUUAAUGGAGCAUAAGAUCUCUCUACCUCAGUGGGAAAAAGAUUGGAAUCUGCAACCUAUGAAUCUCCAUGGUUUAAUGGAUGAAUAUUUAGAGAUGGUUUUACAGUUUGGCUUUACCACCAUCUUCGUUGCUGCCUUCCCACUGGCACCUCUCCUGGCAUUGCUUAACAAUAUCAUAGAAAUAAGGUUAGAUGCAUACAAGUUUGUCACUCAGUGGCGAAGACCUAUGCCUGCAAGAGCGACAGAUAUAGGCAUCUGGUAUGGGAUUCUGGAAGGAAUUGGAGUUCUGGCUGUCAUCACCAAUGCCUUUGUUAUUGCCAUUACUUCCGAUUACAUUCCACGUUUUGUCUAUGCAUACAAAUAUGGUCCCUGUACAGAUCAAGGCUACAGACAAGAAAAAUGCUUAAAAGGAUAUGUCAACAGCAGUUUAUCAGUAUUUGAUUUGAGUGAACUUGGGAUGGGAUACUCAGGAUACUGCCGGUACAGAGAUUACAGAGCCCCACCAUGGAGUUCAACUCCAUAUGAAUUCACUUUGCAGUUCUGGCAUGUCCUGGCAGCGCGACUGGCCUUCAUCAUAGUAUUUGAGCACCUUGUUUUUGGAAUAAAGUCUUUCAUUGCAUACCUGAUUCCAGACAUGCCCAAAGACUUGUGUGACAGAAUGAGGAGAGAGAAAUACCUGGUCCAGGAAAUGAUGUAUGAGGCUGAACUGGAGCAUUUGCAGAGAGAAAGGAAAAAGAAUGGGAAACAGUAUCACCAUGAAUGGCCUUAG